AUGUCCAUAACUUCACUAGAUCGAUUUGCACAUGCUUACUACCAGAACCGUUUUUGGCAACUGAUGGAGGAUAGUGUGGAAGCAUUCAUUAAAGAUGGAACAACUGAUUUCAAAGGAAAUCAUUCAUUUAUACAAUUUCAUAUUAAGAUGAGUUGGAUUUUUUCAAGAAACCCUAAAUUGGAACAAUUUCCCAAUUAUUCAAAUCUGCUAAAGUGCUUCGAAAAAAAUAGAAACGAAAAAAUUUAUGAGGCAUCCAGAAUGGAUAAACCAAAGUGUGACCAAUGUAAAAAUAUCUGUGUAAAAGAUGCACAAAUUUUGGAUUCCGUGAUUCGUAAAAAAUACAAAGCUUUAUCACUAUUAAACAAAGGUUUAUUUCUGUACGAAAUGCAAUGGAACAAUAUUCAGGCAACAAUAAAUUUCUUUGCAGGAGAAAUCAGUGGAGAGAACUACUUCACUCCCCAUAAGAGGGAAUAUUCAUAACUGUCAAACAUUACGCAUAUUUUCAUUUAACAAUGUUGUUUCAUUCUGCUUUAAUAAAAAUAGUUCAUUGCUUAGUUAAUU